UUUUCGUUUAAGUUAAUAAUUUUAUUGGGUUUUAGUUGAACUAAUUAACCCAAGAAUUGCUGUAAGAAACGUUAAUGAUUACGGAGAACAAUUUAAGCCUAUGGUAACUUCGCCAUUUUCAUUGGCACUUAAUGAACCUACUCAAAUAGUGGAACAUGCUGUUGUAAACCGGAACUAUUACUGCAAUUUAUUGAAUUUACCUACGAAACCAAUCGCAGGCUUAAUACCAUUAAAUCAAGUACAAAAUAAUGGACGAAAUUUGAACAAUGUAUAUAUUGAUGUUCUUGGUGUUUUACGAGGUUGUGGAACACCUCGUACUAUUAACACAGCUACUGGAGAAACGUUUCAGGUUCUUCAUGUGGAAAUUUUUGACGUAACAGCUUUCAGUUUGUCAAUUUCCCUUUGGGAUUCAGAUAAUAUCUUACGAGCUAGUACUUGGACUCCAAGAUACACAGUGUUAUUUUUUACGGACGUGAAACUUGAGUGGUCUGAUUUCGAAAAAGCAUUUAGGGCAAAAUGCACGAAUCGAACUGUAGUAACGGAAAACCCUCCGUGUCGAGAAACUGAAUUUCUUUUAAAUUAUGCCAAAGAUGCCCCCAUUGAAACCUUUGAUAUUGUUGAUAAAAUGUUAACAACCCUUCCAGAAGCAAAUCAAAUUCAAGAAAUUAUGAGCGUAAAUCAAAUACAAAACAGAGUAGAUUCGAUUCUUCAAGGUAUAACUGUGGAUAAACAGUUUUCAGCGUUAGUAUAUGCCUACAUAACUAACAUGGAUUUGGAUGGUAUAAAUAAAUCCACUUUUGCUAAAUGGUAA